AUGCAAUCUUAUAUGCAGAUUUUGGGUGUUUAUGGUUUUGAAAGAAAAGAGAACCAGUGGGUUUGCAGUGAGGUGAAUGAUUCCUACAAACCGAACAUGACAUUCGAUGCUGUUGAUGGGAAGCAAGCUAGACGAACAAAUUCCUCAAGCCCAUUAGGGGAGCUCUUCGAUCAUGGGUGUGAUGCACUUGCUUGUACUUUUGAAGCAUUGGCUUUUGGGAGCACAGCCAUGUGUGGAAGAGGUACUUUCUGGUGGUGGUUAAUAUCUGCAAUUACAUUUUAUGGUGCAACCUGGGAGCACUAUUUCACCAAUACACUUAUAUUGCCUGUUAUAAAUGGGCCUACAGAGGGUCUUAUGAUAAUAUACAUCUGCCACUUUUUCACUGCUAUCGUGGGUGCUGAGUGGUGGGCUCAGCCAUUUGAAAAGUCUUUGCCAUUUUUAAGUUGGAUUCCUUAUCUUGGGGGAUUCCCAACAUUCAAAUCUAUAUUGUGUUUAAUGAUAGCUUUUGGUGUUACACCGACGGUCACAUGCAAUGUUACUAAUGUUUAUAAGGUUGUGAAGGCAAAGAAUGGAAGUAUGCCACUUGCAUUGGCAAUGCUUUAUCCAUUUAUUGUACUCGUGGGAGGAGUGCUUAUGUGGGAUUAUUUGUCACCAUCAGACAUUGUGGGGCGAUAUCCACAUUUAGUAGUCAUUGGAACAGGACUUACUUUCGGAUACCUUGUGGGGAGGAUGAUUUUGGCUCAUUUAUGCGAUGAACCUAAGGGUCUGAAAACUGGGAUGUGCAUGUCCCUCGUGUAUCUCCCAUUGGCCAUCGCUAAUGUACUUGCCUCAAGGCUAAAUGAUGGGGCUCCUUUAUUAGAUGAAAGACUAGUUCUUCUUGGUUACUGUGCAUUUUCAGUGACACUUUACUUGCAUUUUGCCACAUCAGUCAUUCAUGAAAUUACCAAUGCCCUGGGAAUAUACUGUUUCAGGAUAACUAGGAAGGAAGCUUGA